CGUCUCGGCAACGGCAGCCACGAAACGAAAACAGACGAAAACCGUUUUGGGCACCGCUUCCCAGCGUCCGUCCCGCAAAAAGAAUACUAGUCGCUGGACCUCAUCGAUGGCCGUCCGGUGUCACGCUGCUGCUACCUUGGUCUCGUCCCGAGCGCACCUGUCCUCCUACCUCCCGCCCCUCCUCCCCUCCGCGCGACCCCGGCCCAGGACGACCCGCAGCGGCGGCGGCAGCUUCAGGCGGACCGCCGUUCGCGCCAUGGGCGCCGCGCCGUCUUCGCCCUCGCCGUCCGGACAAGCCCCAGGGAAAGCAGAUAACGCGUCUCUGAGUGAUGAGGAGUUGAAGAAGCGCCUCACAAAAGAACAGUAUUACGUCACUCGGCAGAAGGGAACUGAGAGGGCAUUCACAGGGGAAUACUGGAACACUAAAACCCCAGGCAUCUACCAUUGCAUCUGCUGUGACACCCCUCUGUUUGAGUCAUCAACCAAGUUUGAUAGUGGCACUGGAUGGCCGUCCUAUUACCAGCCGGUUAGCGACAAUGUGAAAAGCAAGCUUGAUAUGUCAAUCUUCUUCAUGCCUCGGACCGAGUCCCUGUGCGCCGUCUGCGACGCUCACCUGGGGCAUGUUUUCGACGACGGGCCACCGCCGACUGGGAAGAGAUAUUGCAUCAACAGCGCGUCUCUGAAGUUUAAGCCCCAGUAGUCCCUGGAAGAAGAAUCAAGAUGCAAGCACCAUCGCGUCCCAUGUAAAUUUUGGUUUGGGUAUGAACUAUUUCCAGUGUAGUAGCCUAAUCCGCCCGGUCUGCGCAUGUAAAUUGAUAAUUUCCAGGUUUGUAAUUUGUAAAGCCAUUUGUCCGAAA